AUUCAAAUGUCACGGUAACACAUGAAAUGGAAUAUGUUCCUCACAGGAUUGACAUUUUAAGUGGACGACAUACUGAGAUAGCUAUGCUCUUACUUUUAGUACAGACUUUGAGAAUACCAUGGUAUUUGCUUGCCUAUGCACACACAAGCGUUUUAAUCUCAAUGAUUAUACUUAUCAUUCUCGCGACACCAUUCUCACAGGAUCCAUUCAAAUUUUGUGCAAGUCCAUUCACACUUGGAUGCGGCGACUAUCUCUGCCUAUUUACCAGCCACUUUAUUCAUGUCAACGCGUGGCAUGCAUAUCACAAUUUGAGUAGUUUCCUGCGACAUGCAGUUCCAAUGGAGUACAAAAUUGGAAAUACAAGGUUUUUCAAGCUUGUGGUUGUCCUUCUGUCCAGAUGUAUUGUUCUUCAUAUCUUACUGAACUAUAUAUUAUUUCAAGUCUCGUACAAUAGCGCAUAUGCAAACGACUGUUAUCUUGGAAUAUCUAGUCUUGGUUUUGCACUGAAUACAUUAUCUAUUUUAUCGUCAUGUGAGAAGUAUGUGAUUGCUUUACCUUACGGACUAACGGUUCGAGUACCUAAAUACGUGUUUUCUAGCUUUGAUAUGUUAUUCCUUCAGUUGCCACUACCAACUUCGUCACUAAAUGGUCACUUAGCAGGAAUUAUUGCUGGUUUGAGUUAUUUAAAAUCCUAUUCAUCUCUUCUAGUACAAAACAGAAAUCAUCAACCUGUAGAAGAUCUCUCAGAAUAA